AUGUGCGCCAUCCGAGUUAUUAAGACUGAAGGAGCAGGAAGUACCACCAAACCUCCGAACGUCUUGAGGAAACAAAUGCCGCGUAGACAUCACCGAGAUCUGCAACUUUGUCAAAUGGUGACUUUGGUUACAGCUCAUGGCUUGCAACAUGUCUCUCGUUGA